AUGAAUGUGGCGUGCCUUAGCAAAGCCUCUCUCAAUUCCGCUGUCAAUGCCGCAUCGAUGUCGUCUAAAGCCUUUACCUUAUCUAGUGAGCGAAAGAAUAUUCCAGCGAUAUCGUGCAAAUCCGCGCGAUAUCAAAAUUCCAACCCAACAAAUAUGCAGAAAUCCUCUAGAUAUGCAAAAUUUUCAUCAGAGUCAAGUAGAAUGCGAUCUGGAGCUGCAAUAAAUCUACCUUCAAAAGAUUCUAGUAUAUCAUCCAAGCAGUUACUUCUUACUUCUAGUCAUUUAUCUUACGAAGUUGACAUUACCGCCCUUGCCGAAUCAGCUGAGAAUCAAGACUCUACCGAAAGAGAUGGACAUUUAGAUGAGGCCGAUGAAGAGGAAGCAGCUGCCCUGGCUGAGGCAUCUGCUGCCAUUCUUGCCGCAAAGCCUCUUUUUUGCGAGCGCCUACUCUUUCUCUUCGAUCAGGCCCUAAUUAUAGCAGAAGAUGAGACCAAGGUGGGCCAGACUCCUGUGUCUUUGGAUCACCUAAUAUCUCUCCCCUACCUGCGAUCAGUCCAAUCCAAGCUCUCUGGAGUGGCUGGCCUUCUUGCAUUCAGUUCUCCGGGAAUUUCUCCGCUCUCUAGUCCUAAUGCUCUCUCGCCAACUACAGAUUUGGGGCCUGGCUACCUGGCCGGAAUCCCGACCAGCCUGGCCGAUGAUUCACCGGUGCCACAAUCAAGCCAGCCUGUCCAGUCUUCGAAUUCUACCUCCUCUGCAGGUCGUUUUUUUUUGCCUUUGCAUAUUGUUUCAAUCAGAGCAUUAACUAAACCCAGGAAGAUAAGAGACGGAUCCCACGAGGCAAGAUAUAGACUGUGA